GGAAUGGUUUUCCCAUACCUCAGCUUAAACUAUUCAAUGGUCCAAUCUUGCUUCAAGAGAAUCUUGCACUACACGAAGAACUCCAUUGGUCUCAAACAAUGACGUGUGAAACGUUUAACACGUUCACUUGUUCAGCUUUACAAGAGGACAGCGCCUUACAAAAAAACAUAAGCAUUUAUUCCACGUGUACGUUAAAUAGUUUGUUUUGUGUUCAUUUAAGUUAUAACCUUACAAACAUCUUUGCUGUUGUAUCUUGCUUUGCAUGGGUUAUUCUUUUUCUUCUUCUAUAUAUAAAGGGCCCACGAUCAAUUUAUUGAUCUAUUUGGCUCCAAUGCAUGUAGAGGGGAUUUGCAAUGUUUAUGUGUCUGGUGAUGAUGAGCACAUUUCACUGAUUGCAAAUGCCACAUUUUGAGGGAAUCAUGCACUGGGGCUUUGAAGGCUUGAGGCAAUAGACACAAAUGAGUCUAGUGCCUUCGCCUCAACUGUUCCCUUUGACAGCUUGUUCAAGUCCCUGAUUGUUUUCGACAGGAAUGAGCAGCUCCUAUACUGAGUUCUUUAUUUAUAUGUGAUUUGAUGGUUUUAUCAAUCUAUGGUUCUCUUGUUGUGAUUAAAUGAACCUACCAUCUUUUUGGCAACCAACGUUUAAUUAUGCAGUGGGCAAUAGUGUAUGUUCUGUCGUUGUCUACAUACUUAUCCUGUGCAUUCUUCACAAUAUUAUCCCAAUUCCUGACACUGAAGAUUGAACUUGAAGCCCAUUAUAGAAUCGUCUCACAAUUGCAUACAUUAAGUAAAAUAAAACCGCAAUAAUGUUUGGCGUCUUCUCUUUAAAAAUGAAUACAUUAAUAAUAUAUAGUUUUGAAAAUCUUUAAUUUUGUUAUUUUUUAAAGGUUCGCCACAAUUAAAGUAUCCACAUAUCAACAAGACAAUCAUGGAAGUCAAGGAAAACACAACUGUCUCCAUCGUCAUUGAAAUUUAUGGUUAUCCUUUCCCCCAAAACUACACAUUAAUUAAAAAUGGUUCGGUAC